AUGACCCAGCCUCCCUCGACACAAACCCAAAGUCAAAAUCAGAAGAAAGGACUAUCUCAGAAUGCAAGCCAGCCUCAGUCGUCUUUCGCUGAUGUCUUGGCACGUCUGAAGGAGACUUCGGCGGAGAGUCGCGAGGCCGAGGGAGGUGCGGACCAGUGGGCGCGCCCGAGAUUGCCACGGAUUGAUCCCAAGAAAGAUGCUAUCGUUUUCCAGCAGAUUGACAUUGAGGAUUCAACGGAGUAUGGUGGGGGUCCCACCCUGCGGAUGUUCGGCGUCACACAAGCGGGGAAUUCUGUCCUUGCGCAUGUUACCGACUUUCACCCCUAUUUCUAUGUUGCGGCUCCGCGCGGUUUCUUGACAGACGAUAUUGGAGCAUUUCGCUCAUAUCUGAAUAAUCACGCAUCUGGUGGAUCAGUUCGAGAUGUCUCCUUAGUCUACAGGCGAUCUCUUUGGGGUUAUCGAGGAGAUGAAAAAGUGCCCUUCAUCCGCAUUGAAGUGUCCGACCAGCGCAGCCUUCCGAAAACCAGAGAUAAGUGGCUCUUCAAUUCAUUUCGUGGCGAAUGCCACUUCAAUAACCUGUUCAAGACAGAUAGCGUUUCUACAUACGAGUCCAAUAUUGCCUAUGUGCUGCGGUUUAUGAUCGAUGCGAAGAUUGUAGGUAUGAACUGGGUGGAACUACCAGCAGGAGGCUAUACCAUUAUGCAGGAGAAGGACAAAAAGUCGCACUGUCAGCUGGAAGUUUCUGUCAAAUGGGAUAAGAUUGUUUCGCACCAGGCCGACGGCCCAUACUCGCACACUGCUCCGCUGCGGAUUCUGAGCUUUGAUAUUGAGUGCGCGGGCCGUAAGGGUAUUUUCCCGGAGCCGCAGGUCGAUCCAGUCAUUCAGAUUGCUAGCAUGGUCACCAGACAAGGCGAAACUCACCCGUUCAUUCGAAACGUCUUCACUCUUUCCACCUGUUCACACAUUGUUGGCUCGCAGGUGCUUUCCUUCGAUUCGGAAGUCGACAUGCUCAAUGCGUGGCGAGACUUUGUCAACGAGAUUGACCCUGAUGUUAUCAUUGGGUAUAACAUCGCAAACUUCGACCUGCCGUACUUGAUUGACAGAGCCAUCGCAGUCAAGGCGAAGGACUUUCCGAUGCUGGGACGGAUGAUUGAGGUGAAGGCGCAGACGAAGGAGACCCAUUUCUCAUCCAAGGCCUUCGGUCAGCGGGACUCGAAGGAAACGGCUCUCGACGGCCGUCUGCAGAUCGAUAUCCUGCAAUAUAUGCAGCGUGAGCAUAAACUGCGGUCAUACACUCUCAACUCCGUCUGCGCACAGUUCCUCGGCGAGCAGAAGGAGGAUGUACAUCACUCGGUCAUUACUGAGCUCCAAAACGGUGGCCCCGAGAGUAGACGGCGUCUCGCAGUCUACUGUCUGAAAGACGCCUACUUGCCUCAACGCCUCAUGGACAAGCUGAUGUGCUUUAUUAACUACAUUGAGAUGGCGCGUGUGACUGGUGUCCCGUUCAACUACCUGCUCUCCCGAGGACAGUCGAUCAAAGUACUUUCGCAACUAUUCCGAAAAGCCAAUGAGGAAGAAUACGUGGUGCCCGCCCUUAGAGGCGAAGGGACUGAUGAGCAGUACGAGGGCGCUACGGUCAUUGAGCCACACAAAGGUUACUACAAGGCCCCCAUUGCCACCCUAGACUUCGCCUCCCUGUACCCCUCGAUUAUGAUGGCCCACAACCUCUGCUACACUACUCUCCUCGACAAAGGAACCAUCGAUAGGCUGGGCCUGGAGAAGGAUGUGGACUACAUCCAGACGCCCAACAAUGAUUUCUUCGCCACAGCGAAGCGACGCAAGGGUCUCCUUCCGAUUAUUCUUGAGGAUCUAAUCUCUACACGUAAGCGUGCUAAGGCCGACCUCAAGAAAGAGACGGACCCCUUCAAGCGGGCUGUCCUGGACGGUAGACAGCUGGCUUUGAAGAUCAGUGCUAACUCUGUGUAUGGCUUCACUGGAGCGACCAUCGGCAAACUGCCAUGCCUUCCAAUCUCGUCUAGUACAACAGCUUUCGGUCGACAAAUGAUUGAGAAGACGAAGCAGGAGGUCGAGGCAGAGUAUUGCAUCGCUAACGGGCACGCGCAUGACGCGGAGGUCAUAUAUGGUGACACAGAUUCUGUGAUGGUCAAAUUUGGACCGACAGACCUGGAGACGGUCAUGCAGCUCGGUGCGUCGCAAGCUGCGGAGUUUGUCACGCAGAAGUUCAUUAAGCCAAUCAAGCUCGAAUUCGAGAAAGUAUACUUCCCGUACUUGCUCAUCAGCAAGAAGCGGUACGCUGGCUUGUACUGGACACGACCGGAUAAGUACGACAAAAUGGAUACCAAAGGCAUCGAGGCGCGUACUGUCCGGCGAGAUAACUGUCGAUUGGUUUCCACUGUCAUCUCGACCUGUCUCAAUAAGAUGCUGAUCGACCGAGAUGUUGAUGGCGCGAUUGAGUACACUAAGCAAAUCAUUUCUGAUUUGCUCCAGAACAAGGUCGACAUGUCGCAGCUGGUGAUUACAAAGGCUUUAGCCAAAGCAGACUAUGCCGGAAAGCAGGCCCAUGUCGAACUAGCCGAGCGGAUGAAGCAACGCGACGCAGGUUCCGCGCCGAACGUGGGGGACCGAGUCGCAUAUGUCAUCAUCAAAGGCGCGAAGGGCGCGGCGGCCUACGAGAAGUCUGAAGAUCCUAUCUUUGUCUUGGAGAAUAACAUGCCUAUCGACACGAAGUACUACCUCGAGAACCAGCUCUCGAACCCGCUUAUGCGUAUUUUCGAGCCCAUCCUUGGCGAGAAAGCCAGCUCUUUGCUUUCUGGCGAUCACACGCGGACGAUUCAGAUUGCCACACCAACAGUGGGCGGCCUCAUGAAGUUCGCCGUUAAGACGGUGACUUGCAUGGGUUGCAAGACACAGUUGAAACCUAGCAACAGUGUGUCGAACGGCGCGGUGUGCAACAACUGCCGCCCUCGUAUCAACGAGUUUUACCAGAAACAGGUGACGAACGUGUCCGAUCUACAGGUCCGAUUCUCGCGCCUCUGGACACAGUGCCAGCGGUGCCAGGGAUCGCUUCAUCAGGAUGUCCUGUGCACGAGCAAGGACUGCCCAAUAUUCUACAUGCGCAAGAAGGCGCAAAAGGAUGUCGAGGAUGCCUCCGCGGUACUUGAACGAUUCGACAAUGAGAUGUGGUAA